AAAAAUUGAAAAAUGAAAACAACCUAAAUAGUUAUUGUUUUUCUUAUUUUAAAGCUAAAAUUCCAAUAAUUGAAAUCUAAUUUAUAAACAUUCCAAUAAUGACAAUCUAUAACUUGUACAUAUUUGACAAAUAUGGAACAUUACUCUAUUACGGUGAAUGGAAUCGAUUAAAAAAGUCUGGCAUCACCCGAGAAGAAGAAGCCAAACUCACAUACGGAAUGUUAUUUUCAAUAAAAUCCUUUGUUAAUAAAAUAUCACCCCACGAUCCAAAAGAGGGAUUUCUGUUUUAUAAGACAAACAAGUAUGCUCUGCAUUAUUUAGAAACACCUUCGGGAUUGAAAUUCGUGCUUAAUACUGAUGUAGCUGCUAUGAAUGUUAAAGAGCUAUUGCAACAACUGUACAGCAAGAUUUGGGUUGAGUUUGUGGUAAGAGAUCCUUUAUGGUCGCCUGGUACUCCUGUUACGUCUGAUUUGUUUCAAACAAAAUUAGAUGAUUUUAUUAAACAAUCUGCAAUCUAUGGUAUAAGAAAUAUAUAGUCAAUAUUAUUUUCUAUCAAUUAAUUAA